AUGGAAACUAAAGUUAUACCUUGUCUCAUUCGAGUGGGAGAAAAUCACAAAAAGCCUCGGUUUAUCCCAUUAGAUGGAGAGGGAAAGAUUACGAUCGGACGAUCAGCAGAUGUCACAGUUUGCCUUUUGAGCAACAUGAUAUCAAGAUGUCAUGCCAUUCUCCAGAGGAAAGAAGAUGGAAAUUGGUUCAUACAAGACAACAAGAGUUUGAAUGGAGUAGCUGUCAAUGGAGAAAGACUGCAGGCCAAUGUGGGUGUACCUCUGCGAGAGGGGGAUCUCGUUCAGUUUGGAAUCAAUCCAAGUUCAGACAUGCCUUCAGAGUUCGUGUACAAAUACUUCCCUGCUGCCCGUAUCAAACGACCAGUAAAGCGAUCAUCAGACAAAGUGGACUCUACCACAGGUAGUUCUCAUCUGAAAAAGUCUCGCCUUGCUGGGUGCUCUAAAAGCUCCAUUGACAGCCAGAGUUUAACGGAUCAGGAUGAUAAUGUAUCAAGCUCGCAGGAUAUUAAUGCAGCGGGCAGAAGUGGAAUAAAGCAGAACUGGUCCCCGUUUCGAGAGUAUAAAGAGCAGCUUAGUGAACAGGACAAACUUGCCAAGCAGAAGCUAAAGGAAUAUGAGGAGAAGUUAGCCGAGAUGCAGAGGCUCCUUAAGGAGAAGGAAGCUGCUGAGGCAGUUAUAAAACAGGAGCUAGAGGAAGAAAAGAACAAAGCUGAAGAACAGGAGAAGAUUGUGGAAGAGCUGCUUCAAAAAGAGGAAGAAAUGAAAUCUGAAAUGGAGGAAAAAGAGAGAAAGUUUGAAGAUGAGAAAGAGAAGAUCAGUAGAAAAGUACAAGAAUUCCAAGCGGCGCUAGAGGCAAAGCUGAAAGAAAAGGAGGCUGCGCUUUUGAGGCAACUUACUGCACAGCGGGAAGCAUUAAUCGCAGAGAAAGUGAAAGUGGAGCAUAAGUUACAGGAAGAAAUGGACCGUGCUCUGGAGGAGAAAGAUAAACAGCUAGAAAAGGAGCUUGUGAGCCAGAGGGAGAAUCUGACUAAAGUUAUAGCUAAUAAAGAAUUAGAACAGAAAGUUCUAGAAAGUCAGUUAAAGGAUACUCAGUCAGAGAAUGCUAAGCAAAAAGAGGCUGCACUAAGAGCUAGAGAAGAUGUCCUGGCCAAUUUUACAGACCUGAUGGAGACAGAACUGCAGUGUAGUAUCUGCAGUGAAUUGUUUAUAAAGGCCGCUUCUUUAAACUGCUCCCACUCAUUCUGUCAGCUGUGUAUUAGUCAAUGGAUGAAGAGGAAGAAGGAAUGCCCAAUCUGCCGUGCCCCAUUCACGUCUUUCACUCGGUCAAUUGUUCUGGACAGUUACAUAGAGAAGAUGGUAGAUCAGCUGAGUGAAGAGCUAAAAGAGAGGAGGAAAGAAAUGACCAAAUCUAGAGAGGCUGAGCAGAAAAAGUUUGAUGAGGAGAACAAUCAGUCAUCGUCGUCCACAUCUGGCCGUGGAAGGGCAGGCAGCAGAAGGGGGCGUGGCAGACGGCGUGGACGAGGGUCUUCUAGUACAGCCACGGGAGCUGCAAGGGGAGCAACUCAGACUCGCACACGAUCUAUGGCACCAAUAGUUCUCAGUAGCGACAGUGAGAUUAGUCAGGACACUGAUGAGGAUAGCGUUGAUGGUGGCUUUACAAGCCCAGAUUCUGACAUUGAAGGGGACCCCGACGCAUACUAUGGAGGAUACGGCAGAUGUUUUAUUUGUGGUAGCCUAGGCCACUGGGCAAAUGGAUGUCCUUUGAGAUGAUAACGUCAGUGUAAUGUAUCCUGAAUGUGAAACAAACCUGGAAAGAUAUACCUACGAUUAAUUUAAGAGAAAGAUGUUUUAGUCUAUUUAUUUUGUUAACAUCUUUGAUGGUCUCUCCCCAAAACUCCCCAUUGGGUUACAGGCCCACAAUCAGACAGGCAGCAGGAAGUGUGAAACUCUUACAAACUGGGCUACAGAAAGGGCUGGGUUCAUAUCAUGAUGAUUGGUUGUAUUUUUGAAGUACUCUUCAAAAGUAGUACUCUUCUGCUUGUGUUUGUCUGAUGUUGAUAUUUGUUUCUGUUACUAUUAUACUAUUUUAAGCAAAGCUCUAUCUCUUGGAUAAGAAUGGUACUUGUAUUUAUGUUAAAAACAAUUUAAUGUUUAGGCAAAGGAAUGUAAUCCACCAUAUUGUAAUAGUUGUUUUUAUGUUGUAAAAACUGUUCACAGAAAACAGUAAUUUCCUGUAUGUAUUUUAUAAAUGAGAAGUUAUAAGUUGAACAUCCGUCAUAGUGCCUGCAAAAAAAAUAAUCUGGAUUAUACAACUAUGACUAUAAGAAAAACAUAGGGUACACCAGGAAACAGUUUCACAGUUCUUGUAGUAUCCACUUGAGAUGGUACUACUAUAAAGUAGUACAUAUAGCUACAUUUACCUUGUGAAACUGGUUUCAGUACAGUAACUUAAGCAACAAGAAUUUGGUUUGGGGUUUUUCACACUUUAAGCUGUGACUUUGUACUCAUCUAUAACCAUUUGGAAUUGUCCACUUAAUCACUGGGCAUGUUGUGUACCUUAACUUUUUUUAGGGCAUGGCAUGAAGCAUUUACUUCAGGGUACAUUUUCACUCUCUCUUUCCACUCAUGUCUAAUGGUCAAAGCCUACUUUGUAAACGGGAUAAAAAUUAUAUUUGUUUAUAGAUUAACCCAGACGAUCCUCGUAAGCUGUUUCAGAGCACUAGUAGUUCUGUAUAUGUUAAUGAUACUUCAUUUGUUGAUUAGCUGCAUGUACACGUGUAUCUAAUAGGUCAGUAAUCAUCCCACAACCCUUGACAGACUUAAAGUUUAGCAUUUGUUAAAUUGCUUGUACCUUUUAGGUGAAUCUGUUUUUAUGAAAUAGGUAUGCUUUCAAAUUGGCAUUGGAGGUUUUUGCCAGUUUUUCCUCCCCGGUUACUGAGUUCCAGACCAGUUCGCAUUUUGUGAGUUUAAACCCUAUCUUGGACAGGGAAUUUCGUAGAUUCCUCCAGUCCUACUGAUCAUGGGGUUUUGGUGACAGUAAGUGGCCAAAAUGCUUCCAAGAUAACUUUUCGUCCAUCAGUGUGGUGUACAUGUGCAGAUGUCCCCAAAGGGAAAAUCUGUCAGUAUCUUGUCAAAUGUCGGUGGUUUAUCCCAGGCACUCCGGCAUUCUUCAACUAAAAAACUGCCGGCCACCAUAUGAGUGAAAAUUCUUGAGUAUGGCAUUAAACAAUGCUCCGGUCAAAUAGCAAAUACUACUGAAGUAACAUUCUCACUGUUGCUGAUCACACCUCGACCAAAGUUUGGCAGAAAGCAGUAAUAUCCUCAUGAGAAACCAAGUUCACACACCCAGUAAUCUUACAGCUGUUGUACAGAUUAAAUGAAUGUGUUAUCAAAGCCCAAAUAAAUAUAUGUAUAUCCUGUA